CUUUAAUCUCUUCAAUAUAACAUGAUUCUUUAUUUUCCAAGUGAAAGAAGAAAGAAUAAGCUAUUACAGUCAUUCUUAUCUCUUCUUUCCAACAAUACACAAAUAGCUGUAACAUGUAUGGCUGCUUUUUUUAAUUUAACAAUCAAAGCAAAAGUAACAAAUCUUCUUAAACCUUUCUUUUAUUUCAAAUUGCUUUUGAAUUUUAAGAUGUUCAGGCUCCAAGUGUUUCUUUUCUGUUCUCAUUUUAACAUUUUUCCUGGUUUUAUUAUUUGGUAAAAGAGAAGAAUAAACACUUAGUUUAUGCAACUUAUUUUGGAACCUUUCUUAUUUAUAAGAGAUGUUAUGUUUUAGAUUGAUGAGUUUUGAAUGGUAAAGGAAAUAUACAUAAAGUUUCAGGGUCACAGAUCAAACUACCUUUAAAUUAAGGCUUCACAUCACAAAAUUAAGAUUCAUCUAUUGGGUUUUCAUUGAUUUGGUCAAUGAUCAUUUCACUGCCUUUGCCAUAAUUCUGAACUGUAGAGGAUUUUCUCAGUGCAGCUAGGCUUGAGCCAACAAUAACUCCAACAGGCAAUACUUUUUGCAAAUAGCAGGUAUCCUGGACAUCAGAGAGGUUCAAGUGACGUUAACUUCAGUAUCUCUGCAGCAAUUUCUCAAUCCUUUGAUGUUAAUACUCUGUACUGCACACUUGAAUGUGACCCUGCUUUCAAACCCCAUGUUGGUAUGUUGUUCAACAACUUACAGGAUGGUAUGCGUUUUUAUGAGCAAUAUGCAUCAAUUUGUGGUUUUGAAUCACGUAAAAGCAGUCAACAUAGGGCUCGUGAUGAUUUAGAAACAUAUGGUGUGUAAUAGACAGGGCUUCAAAAAUGUAUCUAAAGCUAAGACGGUUGCAUCUAACACCGAGUCCUGUAAGAGUGUUGAUUUAGAUAAUCAGUGUAGUAAUGAAAUUGAAGAUUUUACUACUGAAAACGAAUCAUGUGAAUCUGAUGGAUCUGAAAAUGAAGACCAGCCUCAUGGUGAAGAUUUACCAACUAUGGGCGUAUGUGUUGAUGAUGACGAGAAAAAAAGACGCACAGUUUCUAAUAGAUGUGAUUGCAAAGCACGUGCGGUUUAUAGGCUUGCCGGCAUGAAUGGAUACAAAAUUCAUUCUUUGAGGAGAGGCAUAAUCAUCCUAUGUCUUCUCUUUCUUCGAUUCCAUUCUUAAAAGUGAAUAGGAAACUUGACAUUGGUCAUCAAAUUUUUUUUUUGAAUUGUGCUAAAGCAAAUAUUGGCACUAUGAAAUGCUACCGAUUGUAUAAGGAAACUGUCGGGGGUUAUGCCAAUAUUGGUGCUACGUCCGUAGAUUUUAAGAAUUUUAAACGUGACUUGAAGGUUUAUUUAGUUGGUGUAGAUGCCCAAAUGUUGAUAGAUAAGCUAUUUAGAAAGAAAGAGAUAUGUUCAGCCUUUUCGUUUGACUAUGAUGUUGACGAGAGUGACCAGUUGACACGCAUAUUUUGGGCGGAUCCAGUGUGCAUAAACAACUAUGCUUUAUUCGGGGAUGUUGUUUCCAUUGAUGCAACAUAUGCGACAAACAAGUAUUGUUGUUAUAAGUAAUUAUUCCCUUGAUUAAUUUAUUUUUUUGUAUAUUUUUAUUCAUGCUAUAAUUUUUUUUCCGUAUGCUUUGCACUGAUAAUCUAAAGUAGUGCACUUUCUAAAAUCGAUCAAUGCACUUUUGAUUUUUCUUUUCACCACGCAGGUAUAUCAUGGUUUUUACCCCUUUCACUGGAGUCGAUAAUCACAAAAAGUGCAUUACUUUUGGUGUGGGUUUGUUGUUGAAAGAGGAUGUGGAAUCUUAUGCCUGGCUUUUUCGUUGUUUUCUAAAUGCAAUGGGUCGGGAACCAAAGUGCAUCAUAACAGAUCAAGACCCAUCCAUGAAAAUUGCCAUUCUACAGGUAUUUAGUACAUCAUGUCACAGAUUUUGUAUGUGGCAUAUUAUGUCCAAGGUGAGUUCGAAAGUUGGACCGGUGUUGAGUAAAGAUUCCAAUUUUAUGAAGGAAUUGAAUUCUAUUGUGUGGAGUCAUUACUUGGAGCCAUUUGAAUUUGAGAUGAGAUGGACUAAUUUGAUGAAAGAAUAUGACUUAAUUCAUCAUAAUUGGUUCUCGCACAUGUUAGAGACUAUGAGGUUGUGGAUUCCUGCUUAUUUUGGUGACAUUUUCAUGGCGGGUUUGCUUAGGACUACAUCACGUUCUGAGAGUGAGAAUAUUUUUUUUAAUGAAUUCACAAAUCCUAAUUUCAGUUUGGUUGAGUUUUAUAUGCAGUUUGAGAGUGCACUUGAUUCGCAAAGACAUAAGAGUGCACAAUUGACCAAAGUUUCUGAGUCCUCCAUUCCUGAGUACAAGACUCCAUUACAUAUUGAGAGAUAUGCUUCCUCUGUUUAUAAUCAUUCAAUUUUUAUCUCGUUCAGAAGGAAAUAUGUUGUGCUUGCUUUUCUUGUGCUAUUCUUAGUCUUGAACAUGAAGGCUGCGUGUUUAAGUAUAUCAUAUCAGAUGAACGAGGUUUUAAUUUCACUGUUGUGCACAAUACUACUGACGGUACUACACUUUGCUCUUGCAAACAUUUUGAAAGGCUUGGGAUAUUGUGUCGUCAUAUAUUUUUUGUAUUGAAAGAUAAGGUCAAUACAAUUCCAGAUAGGUAUGUGCUACGUCGAUGGUGCAAAGAUUCAAUUCUAAAGCCUGUGAAUGCAUUCGAAGACGGUGUUUUUCAGCAGUGUGUUGGAACUGAAGAACAAACCUUCACUAUGAACACAUUGUGGUCUGAUAUUAAUUUCUGUAUGGGAAUGAUUGACCAGCACCCUCAUUUGUUGAAGCAAUUUUCAGAUGCAAUUAAGGUGCAAAAAGAAUUAUUGUCUAGCUCUCAAACAAGUAGUGCAACAACAUCUUCCAAAAGAGAUGUCAUCAAAGGCUUUUAUGGGUCAUCGAUUCCUAUUAAAGUGAGCGUGCAUCCACCUCAGCAGGCUCGAAAUAAGGGUUGUGGUAAGAGGCUUAAAGGUGGGAAGGAGAAGGCAAUUGAAGUGACCCAAAAGAAUAAGAGAUUAUGUAGAAAAUGUAAUAAAAAAGGGUUUCAUGACAGUAGGAAUUGUC